AUGAAUCGGCCAUCGUUGGCAGCACUCGCAUUCUUGUUGGUUGCCAUCAACUGUGACGUUUAUUUCACGUAUGGACCUGGAGUAGAACAAUGGAGUUUGAUCAGCAAAUACUGCGACGGAGAUAGACAAAGCCCAAUUAAUUUAAACACAGAGCAGGCUCAACCUGCUAAUGAAGGAGGCCCUCUGCAGUUCGUUAACUUGAAAGAAAAUCCAUCCAAAGUUCGUGUAUACAAUAAUGGUCACACAGUUGUUUUCAGUCUUACGUAUCCAGCGUCGAAGGGUGUAACCAUUAAAGGCGGUCCGCUGGAUGGGACAUUUAAAUUCGCCAGCUUACAUUUUCACUGGGCCUCUGAGCACACGGUGGAUCUGGAGCGCUUUCCUCUGGAAAUGCAUAUGGUGUUUUACAAUCAAGAAUUCGGUUCGCUGUACAAAGCACAGUUUCAACCGAAUGGAUUGGCAGUGCUGGGUUACUUUUUUGAAGUUCGAUCUGGGACUGAUUCCAGGCGGUGGAUAGAUUCAUUGAAGUCGGUCACGAAAGCAGGAUCCAAGUACACUUUCGUUCAUCCAAACUACAUGAACUUGGCCAAAAUCAUCGGAGCGAAAAUCAAACCAUAUUUCUAUUAUCCGGGAAGUUUGACUACACCGCUUUGCUACGAAUCGGUCUCCUGGAUUGUGCAGAAAGAACCUUUGGCAAUCAACUCUGCUCAAUUGAAGCUGUUCGAUUUGCUGAAAUCGAAGAAUGGAUACAUGAAGAACAAUUAUAGACCGGUGCAGGAAUUACAUGGCAGGACUGUGUUAAUGUUUGAUGAAUAAAAAUUUA